AAAAACCUUUUAAUCAAUGUAGGUACUUAAAAAUAAAAAUAAAAAUGUACGAAACAGGAUUAAUCUGACAAUAAUUUGAAUAUUUUUUCUUGUUUUGUUUGACCAAGAGUCCAAAGCCCGUGGGUUUAGGUGUCACAAUGACAUAAAACAGAGAAAAUAAUAUCUGUUAAUAAUUUGAACAAUCGUUUCAGCUCUGCAUUUUCCAUUUGGUGUUACAAUAUUUAUCUACAGGAAAUAGUUUAACAGUGUACAGUAGUAGUGGAUCCUAAAAUCCUUUUUUGGGAAAAUCAAUAGUUAAAGUAAUAGUUAAUGGAUAGAAUAUAAAAUGUAUAUGAACGUUUGUUUUGUCAUAUUCAGCAAAAUAAAUACAAAUCAUGAUGCAAAAAUGUUAUAAAACUCCAAUAUUGCCAUUAACAUUUGCAGCUAAACUAGUUCAAAACACACACACACACACACUUUGGACUAUAUAAAAUAAUGUUUUUGGGUCCAGCCUCGGCGAAUAACAGUCCGCCUGUUUACAGAGAGAACUCCGCCCUGCAGACCUACAGGAACCCUAAAUGUUCGUCUGAAUAGCAACUCUGUCAGAAACCUGACUCGCCACACUUCCUCUGCCCUCCUCCCCUUCCGCCCUUUCCUCCCUGAUUCCCUUGGGCUGUCAUCUCUCCCUCUGCUUUUGCUUUCCUUAUUUGCAACUCACGGUCUUCUCCGUCUUCCACUCUCUGUUUUUAGAAUACCAACAACGGCAACGAUGGAUCGAUUCAGGUCUGCGUUUAACAGCAUGAUUAAAACUGAGCGGUACAGCAGGUUCACUCUGCAGCCGGCGGUGGACGGAGAGAGACACGUUGAGGUCAAACUGUCUGAUGACGCCACAGACGCUGAGGGUCAGGAUGGGGGCUCUCCGAGCUUCAGGCCAGCGCCUCCGCAUCAACCCCGCCGUAACAUUUGCUACCUGGUCUUGGGAACCCUGCUGAUAUUUGUUAUCGGCUACCUGGUCGGCUUUAUCAGCCACCGUAAACCUCGGGUGGAACUGGUGAACUGUAGCACGGAGCUGGACACCGAAACUGAGAAGGCGACAGCUGUUGUUGAAGUUCAGCUGACCUGGAAGGACAUCACCAACCUCCUCAUGCAGAAACUCACCAGCCAGGCCUUUGACAAAACUCUGAGGGACUUUGAUCUGCCCAAACGUUCUGCGGGAAGCGAGGAAGAUAUGAAACUGGCGAACCUCGUGUUUGGCGAAUUUAAGACACUGGAAAUGGAUCCAUGGACUGACAUCCACUACGUUCAGCUGCAGAUGCCAGACAGCGAGCAUCCAAACCGCAUCCUUUUUGGUUCGGAUGACUUCAAGCCGACAGGGUAUCUGGCCUACAGUGCUACUGGGAAAGUCCAGGGGAAGCUGGUGUACGGCAACUACGGCCGCCAGGAGGACCUGGAUGUUCUGCAGAAGAACAGCAGCAUUGAGCUGAAAGGCAGCGUGUUGCUGCUUCGGGCUGGAAACAUCAGUUUUGCAGAGCAGGUUGAUAAUGCUGCCACGAAGGGGGCCUCUGCUGUUCUCAUCUACCCCGACGUUAAAGAUUACGACUAUGUGGCAGACACAGCACUCUAUGGACAUGUCCAUCUGGGUUCAGGGGACCCCUACACACCUGGAUUCCCCUCCUUCAACCACACCCAGUUCCCCCCAACAAAAUCGGCUGGCCUCCCCAAAAUCCCAGCCCAGACUAUCACCGCCGAAAUGGCCAGAGCUCUUCUACAUGUUGGUGCCACCGAGUGGUUGGAAGGUUAUAUGUCCUCUAUUGACAAACGUGUCGUCACCUACAUAAGUCUGGAUGGAGUGGUCAUGGGUCAUGGGAGCUUUAUGGCCUCGGCGAGUCCGCUGCUCAACAGGCUCCUCGAGAGAACCAUGAAAGCGGUGAAGAGUCCCGUUGACAAUGUGUGCAGACUGAGACCAAUGUCAAUGGACGAUCCUGCCUAUCCCUUCCUGGCCUUCUCUGGGAUUCCCUCUAUCUCUUUCCACUUCAUCUCCCCCAAUGUCAGACAUGAAGUGACGGCGGUGGCGGCACAGUUUGCUGGGCAGAUGGCUCUGCGACUGAUCCACGACCACGUGAUCAACCUGGAUGUGGGACGGUACAACAAAGAACUCAACAAGGCCGUGUACCCGGUCUACAAACGCGUCAGCCAACUCUCACAGUCUGGACAGCUGAAGGAAGUGAAUCCCAACUGGCUAGGCCGAGCACGCAACUCGUUCCAGCGUGCUGCUUCUGGCAUCAUUCGCGACAUCGACAACACUGACCUAAACGACAAGGAGGCCUGUCGGCUCCUUAACGACAGGAUCAUGACGUCGGUUCCAGUCUGCCUGGCUGUGAACGACGGAGCUCAAAUGUGGGGUCUCUCCAUCGAUGGCCUCCUCCAGGUGACCUCAGUCACUCCUGACUGCAGCUUUAAACUCCUGAUCCACCAGAAGACGUCUGCAAGUGCUGCUGAAUUAUUUAACAUCAGACAGUGGGCUCGGCUGCUGAGCCAGAAGAAGAUGAGAGAGCUAGAGAGGGGAAAGGAUGGAGAGAGAAAGGGAAGUAUGGAGGUGUCCGACGCUGCAGGAAGCCGUGAGUCAGCAGGGAGAGAAAGAACCAGUGGGAGGGAAGACAGAGAGAGUUUAUAG